CUUUGCUUGUGUUCUUUUCCUCCUCCCUCUUCCUUUCGUGUGUGUGAUGCUGGUCUCAAGGGUGUAGCUCACACACUGCAGUAGAAGGUAGGGCUUGGCUGCUGCAAUACAAUGAGCUGAAAGAUGGUGCACCAGGAAAAAUGUGUUUACCAGGCCCAGAGGAAUGAGAGGGAGUCCAUUAGGCAGAAGCUGGCCCUUGGCAGUUUCUAUGACGACGGACCGGUUACCUUUACUGGCUGCAGCAAGAGCAGCAAAAACUGCCUGUCCUCACGGCUUCAGAAUGGGGUGAAUCUACAGAUAUGCUUUGUGAAUGACAGCAGCAGUGACAGGGACAGUGAUGUAGAGGACAGCAGAACAGAGACCAGCUUGGACACCCCAUUGUCACCUAUGAGUAAACAGAGUUCCUCACUCUCUGACCGGGAUACAGGAGAGGAAGACCUGGACUCAGAGGAUUCAGAAUUCUGGCGGCUACAGCGGCGGCUGCAGGAGGAGGCCCGUGUGGCACUGGCGUUGGCCCGUCCCAUGGCCCGCAUGCAGGUGGAGGUGGAGAGACAGAUUCAGCUACACCGCAGGUCCCCUGUGGCAGACCUGUUACCACAUCUGCCACACAUCAGUGAGAGCCUAUUGAAGAGAAAUCUGAGGCCUGUGGACUUGAGGGACAUGAGUCUUGGACAGUUACAGGUCAUCACCAAUGACCUACACUCUCAGAUACAAGGUCUGAAUGAGGAACUGGUUCAGCUGUUGCUCAUGAGAGAUGAACUGCACAUGGAACAGGAUGCCAUGCUGGUAGAUGUGGAGGAUCUAACCAGGCAUGCACAUAGCCAGCAGAGGCACAUGAUGGAGAAGUCCCUAGCCAAAGCCAAAGCAGCUUGCCAUGGUCGCUGUGGUUCUCCAUUUUGAGUCAAACAGCAGGGUCCAACCGCUUGUUUCACUAUACAAUGAAGCAGUGUACUCACGAUAGAUCCUUUUUAUAGAUGUGUGUUUUUGCCUAUGUUCCAAGCUUUGUGUGGAUGUAUGUUACUUAUACAUGCUGUACGUGUUCAUGCAUGCCCGCACCUUAGCUGGGGGUUACACACUCCUCUGAGAAAAUCCUGUUGAUCCUUUAUUAUGUAUAAAUAAAAAAAGAAUCAUCAAUCACUGACAGGCUGGAUCUUCUCCCGUGCAAAAUAUCUGCUGGUUUCAUCAUACUGAAUAGACCAUAAUAGGAAACAACUCUAGUAGAAGGCUGGUUCACC